GUGGACGCGCGCAACAAAAGUCGAGAUGGUCGGGGAUGGUUGACCGGAUUGCGAGGAUGACGAUCCCAUUCUUCGGCCCUCUGCGGCCGGACGGGCUAAAGUACUACGCAUGCCCGUAUAUCGUCAGCCAUCCGAGAAGUUUCAGGAACACGCCUGGAAAGCGCACGGCUGGCAUAACCCGCAGAGGAGCAGCAGGCCGUCGCCCGGUCCCGGUCCUGGUCCCGGUCCGCCACCACCGGACUUCGAGGAGCUCCCGUGGACCGAGGGCGUGCAUUGUCAGCGCUCUUCCCCUCACGGGCCGCCAGCGGCUGGUUCGAGGUCCGCCGGGCGGACCGAGCCGUCCGCGGCCUUCUGCGUGGUAGGGGCAUGUCCCAUAAUAGGUAGUGGUUGUCCCAUUAACCAUAAGGACAAUCGUCAUA